AUGGGGUUUUCCAAUAUUUUGCGUGGAAAUGGAAGCCAUCAGGCGUCAGAAAGACCAAUAGAUUCAAGUGAUGACUCCAACUCACACUACAGUAUUGGCGAAAAAGGCACUGAUGCGAUUAUCCAUCAAAAGUCAGUAGAUGAUGAUGAGACGUAUAUUGAUUUGUCUCUCAAUCUUACUCCAGAGGAAGAAGAAAAGAGAAAAUCCAAGUGGUUCAAGUUUAAAGUUCUUCUUUGGGACUCUCAUGAUAAACAUACACUCGAAAAGAAGUUCUUAUUCAAGCUUGAUUUCUUCCUUUUAAGUUCAUCCAUGUUGGGAUAUUUCAUCAAGAAUUUGAAUCAAUCAAACGUUGCAACUGCUUACGUGAAUGGUAUGAAUGAGUACUACGAUAUGAAUAAGAAUCAAUACAAUUAUAUGGUCACGCUUUGGACCGUUGGAUAUGUUAUCGGACAGAUUCCCUCGAAUUUGAUCUUACACAGAAUCUCCGCUAGAUAUUAUUUAGGAGGAUUGGAAAUCAUUUGGGCUAUUUUGACAUUGAUGAUGAUUACUUGCAAGAAUAUCUAUGGUUUAUACGCAAUUCGUUUUCUUAUUGGAUUUACAGAAGCUGGAUAUUUCCCUGGUUUGGAAUAUUUGGUAGGUAGUUGGUACGAUCGUCGGGAGCUUUCGAAAAGAUCAUCAUUUUUUGCAGUCGCUGGAACGGCAGCAGGUCUUGUGUCCGGUCCCCUUCAACAAAGAAUUUUACAAAACUUCCAAAAUAAACAUUUCAAGCCAUUUCAAUACAUGUUUAUUUUCGAUGCAGUGAUUUCGUUUCCUAUCGCAUUUUAUACCAUGCUUGUCGAUCCUAAUACCCCAUCAACUACAAACGCUUGGUAUUGGACAAAAGAAGAUAAACUCAUUGCUUUGGAAAGACGUAGAAGAAUUGGAGCUCAAUUGAAUACCAGAGAAAAGUACACUUGGAAGAAGAUUAAGACCUUUUUCAAUACUUGGCACAUUUACGUAUUUCCAUUAUUGUUUUUGGCUUACAAUAACAGUUGUGCCGCUAACUCACAACCUACUUUUACGACUUGGAUGAAGCUUGACCUUAAGGUUCCCUCAUCUGUCUAUAACACAUACCCAGCAGCAGUUGCCGGUACUGGUAUUGGUGCAACUAUUGUUAUGGCGUAUUUUGCAGAUUUUAUUGGGGGUAAGAAGAACCACUUCUUUGUUUCUGCCUUUUUUAUAUGCUUGAUUUGGGGAUGCUCAUCGCUUUCUUAUUGGAAAAUCCCACAAGGAUAUCAUUGGUUCUGCUACUUCUUAAUUGGAGCUCCAACUUCUUGGGGGCAACCACAGAUUUUUUCUUGGGUAAAUAGACUCCUUUUCCAUGAUGAUAUGAAGAGAAACUUUGUUGUUGUUGUUACCAAUACCUUAGCCUACGUGACUGGUGCUUGGGUUCCAAUUUUUGUUUGGAACACAAAGGAUCAACCUCAAUACUUUAUUGGAUUCACCUAUACAGCCUGUUUAUCUUCAUUUGGUUUAAUAAUGACCGGUAUUGCCUACUACUUGACUCAGCGGGACGAAAGGAGGGAAAGCGAGAGAUCAAUUGUGGCAGAAGAAAAGUAUUUGGUUCAUGGAGCAGAUGCAGACUCUGAGACAAGUUCAGAAAAACGUGUAUAUUAA